CGCGGGCGGGCUCGCGCCACCUGUCCGAGUGCCACCUGCUCUCCGCACUGCUGGGAUUGAGCAAAGACUCGGGGUGACAGUGGGCUGACGACGGCGCCAGGGGCCCUUGGAGCAAAGCGAGGAGCGCACCGGAUCACCAUGCCGCGUUCGUUCCUUGUCAAGAGCAAAAAGGCUCACAGUUAUCACCAGCCGCGCUCCCCGGGACCCGACUAUUCCCUCCGGCUGGAGAAUGUGCCGGCGCCCGGCGGAGCAGACAGCACUUUAAACUCAGGCAGGGCGAAGGCGGAGUCCAAGGAUCGUUUGUCCCCCGAGUCGCAGCUGACCGAGGCCCCCGACAGUGCCUCGGUCUCCCCCGGCAGCUGUGAGGACAGCAUCUGCGAUCGGAGCUCGGAGUUUGAGGACUUCUGGAGGCCUCCUUCGCCCUCUGUGUCUCCAGCCUCGGAGAAGUCGGUGUGCCCAUCGCUGGAUGAAGCCCAGCCCUUUCCCCUUUCCUUCAAGCCGUAUUCUUGGAGCAGCCUGGCGAGUUCUGAUCUGCGGCGCCUGGUGCAGAGCUAUCGGCCGUGCGCGGCCCUGGAGCGCGGCGCGGGCUUGGGCCUCUUCUGCGAGCGCACCCCAGAACCUGGCCACCCCGCCGCACUGUACGGUCCCGAGCGGGCUGUGGGCGGCGCCGGGGCCGGGACGCCCGGGGGCGGCAGUGCGGGAGGCGGCGCUGCGGGCGGCUCGGGCCUGGGGCUCUACGGCGACUUCGGACCCGCAGCCGCUGGGCUGUAUGAGCGGCCAGCUGCGGCGGCCGGCGGGCUUUACUCAGAGCGAGGCCACGCGCCCCAUGCGGACAAGGGUGCUGGCGUCAAGGUGGAGUCCGACAUCCUGUGCACGCGCCUGCUGCUGGGCAGCGGCUCCUACAAGUGCAUCAAAUGCAGCAAGGUGUUCUCCACGCCUCAUGGGCUCGAGGUGCACGUGCGCAGAUCCCACAGCGGCACCAGACCGUUCGCUUGCGAGAUGUGCGGCAAGACCUUCGGGCACGCGGUGAGCCUGGAGCAGCACAAAGCCGUGCACUCACAGGAACGGAGCUUUGACUGUAAGAUCUGUGGCAAGAGCUUCAAGAGGUCCUCGACACUGUCCACCCACUUGCUCAUCCACUCAGACACCCGGCCCUAUCCCUGUCAGUACUGUGGCAAGAGGUUCCACCAGAAGUCAGACAUGAAGAAACACACCUUCAUCCACACUGGUGAAAAACCCCACAAGUGCCAGGUGUGCGGCAAGGCAUUCAGUCAGAGCUCCAACCUCAUCACCCACAGCCGUAAACACACAGGCUUCAAGCCCUUUGGCUGUGAUCUGUGUGGAAAGGGCUUCCAGAGGAAGGUGGACCUCAGACGGCACCGGGAGACCCAGCACGGCCUCAAAUGAGUGCCUGGCAGGGACUGGGGCUGCAGCUACUCAACACUACGGCAGGAGGGCACCCCGCCCCCCACACUUGCACCAUCCUCUUCAAUCUCUCAGGUCCCCUAAUUCAGUCUGCUGAUCUCACUAAGGUGACAUCCUCACCAUACUUUCCGGAAC